UUGGGUGACAUAAAAGUAAAUUGUCUGCUGUAUGCUGAUGAUGCAGUCCUUAUUGCACCAUCAGAGGCAGAACUGCAGGCAUUAGUCACGUGUAUGAAAGAGGAAUGUGAAAUUAAAGGUCUCCGUUUGAACGCUAAUAAAACUAAGGUUCUGGUAUUUGAAAGGGACGAAGAGAGAACGAAGUGUGAAAUAUGGGUAAAUCAGGAAUGUCUAGAACAAGUAAAUGAAAUUGUAUACUUGGGGAGUGCUUUUAGCCGGGAUGGAAGAUGUGAUUUAGAUCUGGACAGGCGUGUCGCUGCCGGGAACAAAGUCAAUGGUGCCCUGACUGCGUUAUUCAAAAGGCAAGGCAUAGUGAAGAGUGCACGCCUUGCAAUAGAUAACGCAGUGUUGGUACAGACUUUGUUAUAUGGCAGCGAAACCUGGGUAUGCCAGAAGAAGCAUAAUAGCAAGUUGAAUGCAGUGGAGAUGCGAUCUCUUCGUAAAAUGUGCGGCGUUACCUUAGCCGACCGAAAGCGAAACGAAGAGAUUCGCAAUAUGGCAGGUUUGAAAGAUGACCUUGUGACAAAAAUUGAUAAGGGCGUGCUUCGGUGGUUUGGGCACGUUGAGCGAAUGAGUGAAGACCGAAUGGUGAAGAAAAUAUAUAGCGCGAAAGUUAAUAUUAAAAGAUGUCGAGGUAGACCGAGACUAACUUUCGAAGACCAUGUGAGCAAAUUGCUCGAAGAGGGUAGGGUCAAGAGUACUCGGAUACCUAGACGUGCAUGUAUGAAGAAGAUAAUGAAUCUGAAAGAAGCGAAAGAGAUGAUUGUGGUCGUCUUCGCCCUUGUGGCCGUCGCCUGCGCUGUUCCAGUAGAGGAUAUUAACAAAGUAGAACCCGAAGCUAGAGUGUUAUUAGUUAAAGAACCAGAAAAGAUUAUUCGCUCAGAAUUCAACCAUGAUUCCGAGGGUGGAUACAACUUCAGCUUCGAGACCGAGAAAGGCAUCAACCGCAACGAAAAUGGUGAAGUGAAGGAGGUCCUUGAUGAAGACCAAAAGCCCCACAUGGUCGUCGUUGUCCGCGGUUCCUACUCUUACACUGAUGACGACGGCAAAGUUGAGACCAUCAACUACAGCGCUGAUGAGAAAGGCUUCCAUGCUGAUGGCGACUCAAUACCUACGAACGCCCCAUCCAGGAGAUAA